AACGACUCUCACCUGAAACAGUCGUGGCUUUGCCUCCGUGGAUCGUGCACGCGUUCAUCUCGCGCAAUACAAGGACCAAAAUUGCUCUUUUACCAAACAGUGACAAUUAGGAAUUUGUUGAAGCCAGUAGACAAGUACGACUCUUCAACCUGACACAAAAUGAUGAGACAAUGGAGCCUCCUGUGGCUCGUUGUGGGCUGCAUUUAUCUGCUUGAGCUAUCUGCAGCCGAGGUUCAUGUACCGUCGGUGAAAAUAAAAAACGGCACGUUGUCGGGCCAGAUUAUGAAAACCAGACGUGGGAGAGAGUUCGCGGGCUUCCGGGGAAUUCCUUACGCCUUGCCACCUCUUGGAGAACACAGAUUCGAGCCACCGAGACCAUCUGCAGCAUGGAACGGAGUUCGAUCGGCUCAAGAUGACGCCAACAUAUGCACGCAAAGAAACAUCUACACUUAUCAGGACGAAAUCAUCGGCGACGAGGAUUGCCUUUACUUGAAUGUCUACACGCCUAAAUUGCCUAAGGAAGAUGAUGGAGUGAAAGGAGGCUAUCCCGUUAUGAUUUGGCUCCACGGCUGCGGAUGGAUCUGCGGUGCCGGACAUUCCGACUUCUACAGUCCAAAGUUUCUGCUGGACCACGAUGUGAUUCUAGUCACCGCGAACUACAGACUUGGACCGCUGGGAUUCCUGAGCACGGAGGAUACCGUGUGCCCUGGAAACAAUGGAUUGAAGGAUCAAGCGCAAUCCAUCCGAUGGGUGCACGAAAACAUCGCCGCUUUCGGCGGUGAUCCCAAUCGAGUGACAAUCUUUGGCGAAAGCGCUGGAGGCGCCAGUGUUCAUUAUCAUAUGAUGAGUAAUUUGACAAAAGGAAUGUUCCAUCGAGCAAUUUCGCAAAGUGGCAAUGGGUACUGUCCCUGGGCUGUGAUGAGACCAGGCGCGGCCAAAAAGAACGCGGAGAAGGUGGCUGAUCUUUUGGACUGCCCUUCGAAAGAUUCGAAGCAGCUCGUCGCUUGUCUGCGCAAUAAGAAGGCCGUCGACAUCAUUGGCACUGAUCGUGCUUUUCAGGAGUUCGGUUACUGUCCAAUGAUACCGUUCAGACCUGUAAUCGAACCUAUUCAUCCUGGUGCUGUCUUAACGGAAGAUCCUGCUGUUGCAUCAAGGAACGGUCGCUUGUUAGACAUACCGUGGAUGACAGGAAUUACGUCCGAAGAAGGAUCCAUCGUAGUACCAGGACUAUAUACGAGGCACAAUGGAAAAUUGAUUAAGAAGCUGAACGACGAUUUCGUGAACAUUGCUCCUGUGACACUGUUGUUCGGACAGACGUGUCCUAAGGCCGAAGUGACGCAAGUGGCCUCCAAAAUACGAGAAUUCUAUUUCGGCAAGGCCCCGAUCGACAAUUCCACGCGAUUCAAUCUAAUCGAUAUGUACAGCGAUGCUUGGUUCACUCAUGCCGCUCACACAUCGGUGCGCGAUUAUCUGGAGAAACAGUCCUCCCCAGUGUAUUAUUACUAUUUAGCAUAUCGGGGUAGCGCAUCUUUCAGCAUCAUAUUCGGUGAUCCUUCCAAUAAUUACGGCGUGUCUCACGCCGAUGAGCUUCAAUACCUGUUCCCCGUUGGCGAGCAACUCUUCAAGGAUAUACCCUUGAGCGAAAAGGAUCAAGAAAUGGUUGAUGUUAUAACGAGCAUGUGGUUUAACUUUGCCAACUCUGGCAAUCCCACUCCCGAAGUAUCGAAAGAAGUACCCCUUAAAUGGAAGCCAGUGAGAACGCGGGCCCUCGAAUACCUUCGAUUAGGACAGGACGAUAUUAAAAUGUCGGAGAACCUUAUCUCGGAUAGAAUGAAUUUCUGGAACCGGUUACCGAUACGGCCGGAUUUGGACGACGGUGACAAACGGCAACAGAAAAAAGACGAACUCUAAAAAUUGUUUAAAAACAGCCAGCGUGAAGCGACACGCAUAAAUCGUAUCUCCAGCCUUGACCACUACUUUUUCAGGCACGAACUUUUAAAAAUUAUUUGUACUCUACAGUUCGAUUUUUAUACCAAUGUUUUUCAACCUACGGAUCGCGGUACAAAAGCGAAUCUCGCAAAGAAUUGAUCGAAAUGUAUUAGGCUGGCAAAAAAGUUCGCGAGGGACACGCGACGAAUAAGGGAAAGAGAAUUUUUAACUUAAACGUCUCAUUCUAUUGUUAGAUUGGUCUUCGAAGUUUAACAACUGCAGAAGUAUAUUUUUUUUUGUACCACUUUAACCUCUUCGGAUACGAUUUCACGAAUCGGUUUGUACAAAGUGAAUUGAACUUCAUCUUACACCAUUGAAAAAUUAUUAGAAUAAUUUAAAAACUAAACAUUUCAGCUGCAAAUGUGCAUACUCGAAGAGGUUAAACGUGCUAUUGAUCUCAUAAUAAACGCUCCCAUUCCCUAUAUUUGUCGAAGGAAAUCUUAUAAAAAUACAUUACAUUAUUUGCAGUAGUAAAUAUCAAUUAUUGAUUGAUGCAAAAGUUCUGCAAGUAUUUAAUUCGGCCAGAGGUUUCUUCAAAUAAUUUUUUAAUCAAUAAAAAUACACAAUUUUCGACUAAAUAGGACGCCUUCUAAAAUAUUUGGAAACCACUGUUUUAAAUAGAAACGAAUUACCAAUUCGAUCAUAAAUGUUUCAUCGAAGCAAAUCGACUUAUGAUCAAAUGAUUUAAUAUUGAUAUAAGUAUGUAUAAUAUUAUGUACAUAAUGAUGUUCCGACCAAAUAAAGGAGAUCACUUAUUUUUCAAUUUUCUCUUCUUAGCUUUCAAACGUUUUUUUACUGGUUUCUCCGUGAACGCAGGAACGGGUAAAAUCGGUAGACUGUAUUCGAUCGGUUUUAUCGACAACGACAUGCAUGCCAAAGAAUAAUUUUCAGGAUAACAAGUCUCGAAAAUUUGGAACCUGAUCUCUUUCCAUCCCAGAUACUUGUACGGAACUUCGGAAAGAAUUUCGAAUCCCAGUCUCUCGGCUGUAAACGUCGAAAGUUUAAGAACAAACAAUUUUUAGAAACAACGGCGGAUACGAGAGACAAAGAGGGAAGGUAUAGGAGUUCAAGCUA